AUGGCAGAGCCGCCAGAAUCUUCCCUACCGGCACAAGUGCUCGAAAAACUACGUGAGUUGAAUACAGAGCUUGCCGAAGGUGAGUGUGUCGAACUGUCUUGGAAGUAAAUGAAGGGAAGUGAAAUAUGCCGAUGUUUUAUUUACAGAAAAUAUUGGUUGAUCUUCAUUGAAAACAACAGUUCUAAAACUGUUUGGCUUGUCUUGAUUCAAAGGGAGUGUAAAAUCGAGUAAAAAUUUCCUUGUGGCUAGUAAUUUAUAGCGAAAUCUUCACAUAGCUAACGUGAUUGUGUCGCUACCUUGCAUUGGAAAAAAACUAUGAAGUCAUGCAUAUAUAAAGAGAUUACACUCGGUAUUUUCCUGUGUGAUCACGAUUUUGUGAUGACUGUGUCAACAUCAUGUUUUAGAAACUCGUGCAACGGUAAAGAAAAACGUUAUUGAUAUUAAUACUAUGCACAUAGCAAAAGUAUAAACAGUUAUUAUUGCGAAAGUACAAUCCAUCAAGCGAUGUUACUUUCGUCGGCAACAUAAGUUAACUGCUUGCAGAUUUCCAAUGAUUUUUUUUAAUGUUUUGACUCAACAUCGUCAAUAAGCUAACUACAUGUUGCGAUCUCCCUAUGAAUGGGAUUUUGAAAGAAUGUUUUAGCCCCCAGGUAGCACUUGAUUAAACGAACCGAGUGGAAAUAAUUUUUUUGACAGCUUGAAAAUGUCGACAUAUUUUUAUUUUUCAAACGGGUUGCGAAAUAUUCUUAAAAUUAUUUGAAGCCAUGCGAAAAAAUUACAAGCUUGCAGUGUUUUAAUCUGGGUUAAAGCAGUUUAGCCCUAUAAAAAAUCGAGACGUCGAGAAUCAAUCAUUUAAAUAUGACUAACUUUUGUUGUUUAUGGCAAUAUUUGUUUGUGCGCGAGAUUGUCUUUGUUUGCUCGUACUAAUGAUGAUCUGGAAUGUACCCUUGCAUUUUCCGUGUAGAGGAUUGAUAUUUUGGAGUGAUUCGUAAAUUUUCUUCAUUUUUUCCUCGACGAAUGUUGAUAAUUGAAUAUGGUAAUUGCGAGAUAAUUUGAAUUUAAAGAUGGCCACGGUAUAUAAGUUUAGAGACACCUUCAACACAACCUUGUCGACACCAGUCAAUUUUCAGAAUAACCUCAUUUUGUUGCCUUUGACUUUUCCUAGCCUUGAUGUAGAGGAAGUGGCUUCUCCAUUCAAGAACAACUUUCAAAUGAUGGAACUUUUAUAAAUACCUCAUUAUCAUUCAUAGGAAUACAUGUCAAGUGCUGUCCAUUUAAUAAAAACUGAUUUGGGUGCAUAAUGCAUAAAAUUUUACAUUAUCAGUUCCUUACUGCAUUCAUCAAACUACAACAAGUGAAAGCUGCCAUUUUUAACAUCUUGGGCUAUUUGCAGUUAAUUUCCCUGAUAUGCAUAUUUAUUUCACUUCUAUUACAUGUAUGCACCCAAACCAGAGAGCAGUAUUUGAUAUCUUUUCUCUUAAAAUUGUCACUAAGGUGCAUGUUGUGAUCAGUGCCUGUGAAACGGUUUAAAUUUUAGCUUAUCUUGAAGGCAAUCAAGUUUUAAUUCCCUAGAGUGCCUUGAAAGUGGUGCCUUAAGUGUGAGCAGGUGAAUCAGUCUUGCAUAAGCUCCUGCCACCAAGCCCCAGGAUCAAAAUGUCAAAUUCUCUUCAUUAUCUGCGAUACAUUUUAUAUAAUAUUUACCACAAGUAUUUAGACGUAAAUCAAGCAAUAUCCUUUACUUGAUAUUUUUCUUUCGUUUCAUAACCACUCAAAUUGAAGAUUGAUUGAAUUUGUAAAGAGAAAUUCCUCUUCAGUUACUCUAAGAGAUGGAAAGGUUGUACAAACAGGCUGGCAAUAUUUACCACUCUAAUAUUAUAUAAACAGUGAACUUAGACAAACUAAUGGUAUAUGGCAAAGCUACUGGGUAAUGAUGCAUGGACCAUGUGAGGCCUGUAGUAGUUAUGGAUGGGUGGUGGUGCCAUCUGUUACUAAUCCCACUUUACCAUCUGCUACCUAGAAACAGUUCAUCUCUUCUAAAUAUUGUAACACAUGAUUGUGUUUCUUUGCAGGUGAUAUAACUCAGAAGGGAUAUGAAAAAAAAAGAGCAAAAUUGCUCGGGCCCUACCUAUCAAGAGGUAAGAAUGGGAAUUGUAUAAAUUUUCCAAGGAUGAACUCAAACAUUCAUUGUUCUCCAGAGGCAUCACAUGUGGCAGCCAGCUUUUUUAGCGGCUACUUGUUCAGUAAGCAGCAGCUAACUGGAGUAGACAAAACAGGAAAAUGACUAGCUGGAUCUGAUGUGAAUUUUGACCUGUGCGUUAAUUUUGUACGAACCCUCAAAAGAUUAAAUUAAAACUGGAGUGAAAACAGUUAUUGGUAGCUAGGAGAAUAGACAUAAGCAGAUAAGAUGCUCGUACCUUUAAUUUGCUACUCACUAGUUUAGCACCAGCUACUGUACCUUUUUUUGCGGCUAGCUGCUGGAAAAAAAAUCCCUGACAAAGUCUAUUUCUGUUAUUUUUAUGGUAACAAAAAGACUUCGGCAAGGCCUCUUAAUAAAUAUUGUUUGUAAUAAAGUUAGGUCCACAAAUAUUAAGCAAUUAAAUUACAGCUUUUUUCAAGACUUCCAAGCACAGAUCAUCAAAUUAGCUACUACCACUGCAAAUGCAAAUACCAAAGUUUUCCUACUCGCAAUUCCAACAAAAACAGUUGCAGCUUGGAGCACUGCCUAGAAUGAUUUAUCAAGCUCAAAAAUUAAAGGCCCAACCAUGAUUUGAACCCAGACCCCUUGAUGCACAGUUUAGAACAUAAACAAUUUGGCUACCUCUCUCCCCAGUUUCAUGUACUACAUUUCAUGUAAAGAUUCAUUAGCAGGUUGAAAAUGUAAAAUAAUUUAUUAAUAGUUGGAACAAAUGAAAUUCUUGUUUUAUCUGCUGCAAGGAGGUCCCCUUGUAUUUUUAACACUUCAUAUUUCCCCCAUACUUAGAAAGAUGUGCUGUCUAAAGGACAUAAUUUUAGAAUGUUAAAAAAACUUAUCAAAGAGUUGCUGCAUAAUUAGCUGUGUAAUUUGAAAAAGACACAAUUUACUGCCACAAAAACCACUUAAAAGCUACAGAAAGAUUUAGCAGGAAACUUUGGAUGUGUGAACAAUAUUUAAACAUUACCAUGCUAUUUUUAAAAUUCUAAAUCCACUUACUUAGUAAGACCUGAUUCACAAGCUUCACAAGGUUGUAGUGAGCAUGAUCUCUAAACCUGCACCAUUAAAGAAGGAUUAAGAAUGAUAGUCACGAAAUCAACGAUGUCGUUCUCAGCUAAAUGAACUGAUCUUUGAAUUAAUGUAGCUUUGAUAUUGUUGUUGACCAGUUUAGCCAAUCAUAUGAAAGAUAACUUUGCAUGGUAUUGCCCUAGCUAAUGCUCAUGAAACAAUAUGUGUUUCAACAAUUGAGGAACAAUAUAAGAGAAAAGAGAUGUUGUUGUUUUCUAAGCUUGGUAUCACAAAUAGGUGAUGGUUUAAGUAAGAGACACCUUUUUUAGGGUUUUUUUUAAUUGUAAAAUGUUAGACAAUAGAGCCAGGGGACCACUUUACUGUAUGUUUAAAUUUUCAUUUCAAGACUUCAUUGUAGGACUUAGAACUAAUCUAGUUUUUGUAGGAUUCAGACUUCAAUAUACAGUUUUGCCAAAUUAUAAACCUUAUCUCUCUGUGGUUUCAACUAAAAUGUGAAAUAUUUAUGGUCUUUUUAUAGAUUCAAAUGUUGCUUCACCUGGCAGUCCAAACAUGAAUGAUCACUACAGCGCAGGUAGGUUAUGUUACAUGUCGUAAAAAACAUGGGAAAUGUGCAUCCAGACCAAGCACAGCUUAUUCAACAUGAAGUUGACAAGAAAGAAGGCCACAAUAACAACAAUCUGUUGUGUUAGUAUAUAUUAGAUUCACUCUGUGCUCUUUAUAAUUUUUUAGCUCUAUGUAUAAAGCUGAUCUGUGUGUGUUCCUUGUGUUGCAAAGUUGAUGUUUUGUGAAAAUUCUUUUGAGAUGAGAGUUGUGAUAUCUUUGUUCAUUAUCUCUGAAAUGUGUGAAGCUUCUCUGUUAAGGACAGCUCACACUAUUUUACUAUUUUACCUCUAGUCAGAGCUUAAUCCUUGAAGUUACAUGUAUGGUGUUUUUUUUGGCAUGUGUGUGAAAUUUGAUAUUGAGAUUGGCAAUGAAAUGAUAUUUUUAAGGUACUCAGAUGUGAUUGGAAAGAUUUUGUUUUGCAGUUGAGUUAAAUUGUCUUGAUUUUUUGGUAGAAGAUAUUAAAACACUCUUAUCUUUGUGUAUUUAUUCAUUUAAUUUUGUUGGAUUUAGAGUGCUUGUUUACUUUGCUACUUAUGUGACUUUCAGUAUAGAUAUUUUAUAACAAAAUUGUUUUUAAAUUGUCCAAAAAAUUGUCAAUUUUUCAUGCCAAAUCCAAAUAUAUAUAUAUAAGUGAAAGAAUCAAAGAGGACACAUCAAUUCUCUGUUACUCUGAGUUUCGCGCCUAAGCGCUCGUCAGACAGAUCUUUUUAGAGAAAAGUUCUGUCUGACAAGCGCUUAGGCGUGAAACUCAGAGUAACAGAGAAUCAAUGCUUCCUCUUUGAUUCUUUCACUUAUAUAUACCCAGCUGUGCUACCACAGCAUUGAGCACUUUAUGCCAAGGUAGACUCUACCCCCACACUUAUAUAUAUGUAUAUAUAUAUCGUGGCUCUAAGCUGGGACUGUUUUGGUUGGUUGCCAUGGCAAGUAGGAAAAAAACUUUUGGCAAUGAAUUUUGAAAUAAAUUUGCUACAACAGUUUUCAAUUUAGAAAACCUAAAGGUAUGUUUGAUAGUCUUGUAUCAAGCUGUAACAUUUUAAAUUAUAUUUCUUCUAAAGGGAAGGCAAGAUUGACAUUUAUAUGAAACAGAAUGUCAUAUUGGUCACAUUUUCUUUCCUUGAGUAACUUCUACUGACUAAGAUUUUAUUUAUGGUGACCAUGUGAUGAUUUUAGGUCACAGAGUAGUUGAGCUCAGAUCUCUGUAAAGUUUAUGAACUAAAAAGUGAUUCCAGACUAUGUCUGCUUUGUGUGUCAAAAUUGAGGCUUUACAACAUGGUAAAUCUUUCAACAUGUUUUAAAAAUAACACAUUUCAUUGUCAUCUUAGUGCAAAGGUCAGAGGCUCUGCAGGCAGCCUUAGCAAAAAGACUCAAUACGCAAGAUGAGAUGCCUGCACCAUUUAAAAGACAGUCACUUAUGAGGCGAAAGCCUGUGGAAAAUGGCACACAACCGCAACUUCUAAGAGGUACAUUAAUGUACACGAACUGUAGGUUAAACUGAUGCAAGAGAUGGAGACUUUUUACAAUGCAGUUUGCAUGUUGGAGACCAGAUUAGAUGGUUUGGUUAACCUUUUGAGUGACCAUAUGUAGCUAAUUUCUCCCAUCAAUAUCACCCCUAAUCACACAUUAAGGUCAUGAGAAUGAAGGAAAUGAUCACCAACUACAGAAGCUCUUGAUUGUGAAACAAAUUAUCCUUGAUAGCACUACAUAGGUAAUGUAUAGAGAAAAGUAUGGAGGAUAUACAUACUGAUGUUAGGGUGUAACAGGUUACUGUAAGUCCUUGCUUAGUUAUGGCAUUGUGAUCUUUGAGCAAAGUAACUAAAUCUCACAGGGCCUCUGUGCACCCAAGAGUUUAAAAGGUUACUGAUGAACAUUCAAAAAAGUUGACAGAAUGCUCUGAGAAACCUGCAAUACAUUAGCAUACCAUUCAGAAGAAGUAGCAAUACUUCUGGUCUCGUUAUGUUGCUCCCUUUGUUGGGCCUCCCUUUGUAUGCGUCCUUGUUAAACAAAUGACUAAGUUGUACCCUGCUACACUUUGCUAUGCCCUAUUCUAAUUAACCCUUAACACCUUAACAUCAGUAUACACUUUCUCCAUACUAUUCACUAUACAUUUCCUAUGGUACUGACAAAGAGAAUUUGUUUAACAAUCAACAGCUUUGUUAGUUGGUGAUCAUUUCCUUUAUUCUCAUGACCUCAAUGUUUGUUUAAGGGGUAAUACUGAUAGGAGAAACUACUUGCUAAUCACUCUUAGGGGUUAAAGGGUAAAAAAAAAUACUGUCAUCAUGUAUUAUUCCAAUGAGCACUGUCUUUCUUGAAGUGGACUUUAGAUGAAGAAUUUUAGUUUUAUUCUUGGUUUUAUUGUUGUGCUUGAGCAGGACACCACUUUCACACUGCCUCUCUUCACCCGAGAUUAUAAAAUUAUCAUGUUCAGUAAAGGGAGUGUCACUUCAUGUUAGAGAAACUGGGAUGAGUUCAUGUGGUUUUGGCUUGACUUUCCUUGUGAGAAAGCUUUAAAAUGUUCUGUGGGAUAAGUGUUAACCAACAAGUAUCAUUCCCAAUUUGUCAUGUCAUAAUUUACUUUACGUGGUGUUCAAGUGGUCCCUAUUGAUUUUUCAUCUAUCUAAAUUUUAGGUUCUGUAUCUUCACAAGACUCUAUUGGAAACCAAGCCCCAAAUGAGUACACUCCCACUGGCUCAGUUAGUUCUCGUACCUCUAUACCUCGAGCAGGCUCUGAGGAAUUCCCGUCCCCUCCCCCAGACAUGUACAUACAACACCGUCACAGCACAAGCAGUUUUCCUCCUGUAACCCCUCCCCCAGACUUGACAAGGCAAGGACCAUUUGAUACCAAAGGAAGUCGAGUGAUGCAUAUGUCAUCAGUGAGGACAAUAGAGGAUGAUGGACAAGUGUCAGGUGAGAUUCAUCGAACCAACAAAAAAUUUUUUUUCAAAUGAGGGUUAAAAGAUUCAUAUUUGUAUUGUAAUGUGGUUUUAUCAACUAAACUGAUAAAUUAAUAUAAAUUUACAGCCAUAGAAAGUCUUAAUGGUGCUGCAAUACCCCCUGUCCCCCCCAAAGCAACACCACUUUUUCUUUAGAAAGUCAUUUCCUUUAUUCAUAUUUGCAUUGGUUUUGGUCACUGUCCUUGGUGAUUGGUAUAGAAUUCUGCACCAUUCCCUCAACCAAACUGAUACAAAACUAACUAAAAAUGUUUACAAUGCCCUUACCUUUCCCUUUAGUUUUCCCUAGGCUUUUUCUGAGUUCCCAUUGAAUAUGUUAUGUUGAAAUUUUCUAAAUUUGGCUUUGCUGAUUAAUACUUUCAAUUGGUUUGGCUAAACAACCCUAAAGUAAAAUCUUUCAUUCAAUACUCAAAAUUCUCCUUGUCAGCACCCCAGGAAAUGCAUAGAGAACAGUAUGGAGAAUAUGCAUACUGAUGUUAGGUUAGUGUUGCAUUAACAUGCACAUGAUGUGUGAGAUUCAGUAAGCACAGACUUUUCAGAGUCAAGAUACAUAUACAGAGCUUCUCAAGUCUCUCAAAUACAACCCCGUAACCCCUCCCCCUUUCUCAGAGAGGCGAUGUGGCAGGAUCACAAUAUGACAGCAGCGCAGUCAAAAAGCUCACUCUUUGGCAGCAAAUCAACUUAAGAUAUUUAAGCAUACAUGCAUGUUCAUGCUCUAGUUACAGUUAAAUCAGUUAAUACAAUUUAGAUCACAGUGAUUCAUUUGCCUCCUUUUGUAGUGUCAAGUAGUAGAGUAUCAUCAAAAAUUCAACAACUUCUCAAUACACUAAAGGUACAGUUAAAUGUAAUGAAAAUAAUUUGGUUUCAUCAACUGAGUUGAUAUUGUAAAUUGGCCUCUGUAAAGAGUUUCUAAAGUUGACAUUUGAAGUUGAAGCCCUUCAUGAGAGCCAAUUGUAAAGGGCUAACACUGGAAGCAUCAGCUUUAGUAUCUCAGUAUGUAGGCCAGUCUACAUUUAUCAACUCAGGUGAUAAAAAAAAAAAAUUAUCGUGUAAUAGCUUUGCAGAUGCAACAGCACAGUUUUUUUGGAAACUUACUCCCUUUAAUCUUUUAACCCAUAGGAGUGACAAGCAUCUAAUUUCUCCUUACAGCAUCACCCCUGAAUCAAACAUUACAUGCACAAUCAUGAGAAUGAUGUAAAUAAUCAACAACUACAGAAGCUCUUGAUUGUUAAGCAAUUUCUCCUUGUCAGCACCUUUCCAAAUGUAUAGAGAACAGUAUGGAGAAUAUGCACUCUGAUGUUGGGGUGAAAAAGGGUUAAUCAUUUGUAACAAAAAUACACUUUUUUCAGCAGAUCAAUUCACUAAACUCUAAGAUGAGAGGUGUACUAGCUCUAGUUGUUGUUGUUUUAUUGGUCAUCUUAAUUUUUGGGUCAUUUUAUUUUUAAAUGUGUUUUUCUAAAUGUCUCAGAGGCCUAAAAGAAAACCAUUGGAACAGUUUUACAAAGAAGAGGAUGAUGAACUUCUAGAAGGUAACCACAUGAAACUUUACAUCUCAUACCUCCCCAUCCAUAUCUUAUCUGUAGAGGAAACGUUUUAUCAUGAAUCUACAAUUGGUGACAAAAUAGGCCAUUUACAAUUGUGUACUUAGAGUGUGCCUCUGAUGCUAUCAACUGUUUUAGUACGUACUAAUAAUGUUCAUUUUGCUUAAGCUGAUUUUAUUGUUCUGCAGCAACUAAACCUGAUCCAAAUGCUCCUCGACCUGAAGGACAAACCCUACGACCUGUCACUGGGGAAAUUUUGCAGGUAACUAAAUAUGUUAUAUUCUGAGUUGGAGGUGUGCACAGCUGUAUGGGAAAAACUGUGCCCAAGUUCCUCUUUGCAAGCAUGUUUUUUUCCCAGACAGUUUUUCCUAUAAUGGUAAAUAACUUGUUUUUUUUCCCAUUUUACUACCAAUGUUGCUGUGAAAAAAAAUACAGACCAUGAUCUUCAUGAUAAAAAGCUGGACCAGUUCUGAGCUUCCAAGCAAAUAUUUUCAAUUAAUUAUUGUGAACCCUCUGUCUGUAAAAAAAACAUUUAUAUGUAUAAUAGAAUUGUUCUGUGGUUGGUAUUGUUUGACCCUCUCUUGUUUUCAUGAUGUUACAGGUUCCUGAGGAGCUGCCCAAGAACUUGGAGGAGGCUCUAAGCAAGUUUGCCACCAGGUCUCCAAAAGCUUCAUGCUUCUCUGUCGUGGACAACCAUGGAAAAACAAAUGUUACUCUGACAUAUGGUUGGUGACUGUAAACUUUUUUAAAUUAUGACUGGUUAAUUUAAUCUCUACUUGUGUACAACAGUAUAUUCAAGCUCAAGUACCAUUACUGUGGUACAAUAUCGAUACUAGCAAUGAUUUUUUUUUCAGUUUAGCCACCAUUCCUACCAUUUUAAACCCCCAACUAUCCAGUUUUGAUUUAUUAUUUUUUUCCUCCUUAGUGCUUUUUGUUACCUUGAUAUGAAUCCACUUUGUAAAAGAAAAGAAAAUUUUGUUUAGAUUUUCAUGGCAGAUAUAUGGGAUAAAGUACAUAUACUGGUAUUGUUAGGAAAAGCUGUACCUGUUACUCGUCACUUAGUUGAUAGGCUACGGCAAUGUUGAAAUGCAAGAGAGGACAAGUGAGUGCAUGUCACACUGGCUUAUUGAAGAAAUUUUCAAGUGGUGUUUUAAUUUUGGCUUUGAUUUUAAGGCAAACUUCUGUCAAGAUCCAUGAAGCUAGCCUAUGCUUUAUUGAACAAAGUUGGAAGUCACAAGGAGGGAACAUCAAUUAUGACUGGAGACAGGGUGAGUUUGUUUGAUCUACACUUGAAUAAAUAAGUGGAAAUAAGAACUCACAUUUAUUGGCAGUUUUUUCAGAACUUGUAUUAUUCAUUGUUGUAAAAUGUGCAGUAAUUGUUUACAGUUGUGUGAUGCAGACUUAUAUGUAAUGCGCUAUAUUAAUGCCAUGUUCCUGAAUCAUACAUUUUGAUGGUGGGAAGCAGAACAAUUUGAGAGUCAGUGCAGUCUUGUCAUUAGAAGCCAGUAGGUGGCAGAAACCUGCUGCAAUUCAGAACAUUUUGCAAGGCCACUUAAUGAAUUGCAAUCAAAGACAGAAAAAAAACUAUCUUUGAAGUGAUUCUCAAAUCAAUGUCUUGCUAACAAAAGUUACUCAAACAUACCAUCAAAUGCUGGAUCUCAAAGAGUUUCAAAGAUCAAAGUUUUGCAGGGAGCAUUCCCUCAGACCCUCCUAGAAGGACAUGUUGCAAAGCAAUACACCAAGCUUGCUGCCCAAGCAUACACCGUAUAUGUAGCUCACCUUGGCAGUCUACUCAGUUCAGAUCAUGUCAUACAUCCAUUACAUUUUCUAAUGAAUGCAGCGGGGAUUCUAAUCUAGAGCAACAUACUCUAAAUACAAGGGAAUGAUGGCAUGCUAUCUGGAACAUUGUCCCUUGUCCUGUAGAUACCCAUUAUACUUGUUUACAUGAAAGCCGCUCGUCCUCCAUACUGGAAGGAUGAGCAAUAUCCAAAGCAUUGGUCAGAAAGAUUAAAAAAAAAAAGAUGCUAUUGACCUGAAUUUUAAGCUUGGUUAUCAAAGAGGAAAAAAAUCAGUUAUGAGCAUUUAAAAUUUUUUUUUCCUGAUACAGGUUGCAUUGGUGUAUCAAUCUGAUGACCCCAUCAAUUUCAUAACAAGUUUUUAUGGAUGUCUCAUUGCUGGUAUCAUACCUGUUCCUAUUGAACCACCUGCAAGCAAAGAUGUAAGUCUCAAAAUAUUGUAUUUACUCAAUCAAAUGUGGUGCUAAUUAAAAUCUUAGCUUCUCCAAGUUGGUGUUUAACCAAACUUCUUGACUAACAUGGGCAGUUUUUAGCGUGCAUUUUAUUUAGCACUGAACUUGUACUGAGUACAUCUUAGAAAAAUAAGUUUUUCUUCUGCAUCAGUUUCCUAUAUCAUAUGGUUUUGCUACUGAGUAAAGUCUCCAAAGCUAAGUGGCAGAUUUUUUUCAAACUUACUUAAAUUUCUGUUACAGGAAAUGAGUAUUCUAAGCUAAGAGUUCAAACACUACCUCUGAAUUGAAUGCCAGUAUCUCUAUUGUAUUGUAUGUAACCACAAAUAAUUAUUCAAAUUUCUCUAAAGGACUUGCCAGAGUUAUACACCUAGGUGAAGGGAAGGGAAGCACUGUUUGACUUAAGUAUUUUGCCCAACAAAACAGCAAAAUAACCCAACUUGGGCUAAAAUGUGAAGAGGUCUUUAAAUUCAGAGUCAGAAUUUCAACUGCUUGGUUAUUCCAUAUCUCAUUUGUUUUUCUUCUGUAUAAUUUUUUUCAUGCCAUUAAAUUUAAACCCUGUCUACCUAAGUGAACAUAUACUUUGUACAUGUACAUUAAUGAUCCUUAACUUUGAAGACCCAGAGUGAAAUGUGAAACCUAUUUUUACAGUAUCCUGGUUGUCAGCAAAUUGGCUUCCUUCUUGGAAGUUGUGGAGUUUCCUGGGCCCUGACUUCUGAAACAUGUCUCAAGAGUUUACCUAAAGAUGACACAGGACAUGUUUGCACAUUUAAAGGUAAGAAAUAUUUCACUGGUUUUUGACUAAUCUCCAAUUCACUGGGGCAGUCUAAAUAAGCUAUAUGUAAUGAUACUGGAAAUUGUGUGUAGCUACUCACGCUGGAAACAUGACUUUGUGUAAUUAUCUCAAAUUAUGCAACUUGACGCAUGUGGUGGUGCUGCAGAUCAUGUGAGUGGUACUGUAAUGCACCAAUCAAUUUGAAGCUUCAACAUCCCCCCUCCUCCUUCCCCCCUGGGCAAACCACAGGCAUUUGACCAUUGUCCAUGCUUGGGUGGUGGGAAAUUUGAACCAUGUGCUGCUGGGGAAGGGGACUUUAACCAGAAGUGUCAAGUCUUUUCAAUGAAAUACAGGUGUUAUAUCUUGAAAUAAGGAAGUGUUUAAGGUCAAUUUAAAUAGUUCACUUUCACCAGUGAAGGGCUUAUAAGGUCCCUAUGAAUUAUGAAUUUUUAAUUAUUGGCUACUUCUUUAUUAAAAUCCCCAGUUUCAUUCCUGGGUUUCUUAUUCAUGACAGUGCCCAAUCAUUCACCCUAGCCUGUGUUCACAGCCUGUGUACAAUUUUCUUACCUCUUGACUGGUUGCUUCAUUGAUUCAAUAUUAACUUUGUUUGCUUUCAGCAGUUGCACACUGUACAUAUUUUUCAUAUUUUUAUGUGCAGUGCUUUCUUAUAGACAAGUAUUUUUCUUUAGGUUGGCCCAAGUUACAAUGGUUUGUCACUGCAAACCUUAACAGACAUCCUAAAGAUUGGCAACCACCUUCCAAUCUGGACAGAAGUUCUCCAGCAUACAUUGAGGUUUGCAAGCACUGUGGUUGAUCUAUUGUAGUUCAUGAAGUCCAUCACUUGUUUUACCUGCUGUGAUGUCAUUAAAUCAUGCUGCAAUGACCUUCUCUGUGCAAAUCUUGAAUUGGAUUUGGGUUGGAAGAACCCGGAUAUAAAAGAUCUAGGUGUUCAACAGGAUUUAAACUGACCUUUCAUUCUUUGAGUUUUUUCAACCACCUGAGUUUGAAGUCUCUGGCAUAGGAACAGAUCAAUUUUUUAAAUUCAACUGCCUAAUUCUUUGGUAGAGAUGGAACAAAUGUACAUGUAGGUAAAGGUUAGGAUCAAAAAUUGAUUUCAAACUGGGGCAAUGGAAUAAACUAUGCAAAUAAUCUUUGAACUGAAUUUUGAACAUGUUAAAUUGCAUUAGAGAAGUUUGAAAUUUAAUCAAGUUUUCUGUUUGUCACCAGUCCACAGUAGGAAAGGAUGGGGCAGUGAUGGGUGUGACUGUGACACGGAUGAGUAUGAACCUACAUGCUCAGGUCCUGAGUCAGGCGUGUUCAUACACGGAAGGUGAGCAGUGAAAGGCUUUGUUAGGUUUUGUUCUCAAGUUUUUGAUGCUGAGUUCAAAGUCACUGAUUUAUAUCUAUAUGUUCUUUUCUGAAAAGUUGACCUUCUGGUACCAAAUUUUGAGUACAUUUAUUUUAUUGGAAUGCAGAUGGCAGGAUUGUUUUACCCCUUUCAAACAACAUUUGCAAACACAAUUUAGCAAGUAAUUUAGGAUGCAUGUUUUAAAAAAUACCUCUGAAGACUCAACCUGGCAUAACUGAACAGAAAACAAGCCUUUGUCCACUUUUCUUUUCUUCAUUUUUUUUUUUACAAAAUCCAGGAUUUUGAUCCAUUGUUAAAGACUUACAUAAUGAGUUGUUCAACCUCCCCUUCCCAAAAAAGAAAUUGUUUUUUAAUUUAAUCAUUUUUGUUUAAUUAGGUGAGAUAAUGAUCAGUGUUCUUGACCCUAAGAGGGAAGUUGGAUUGUGGCAUUCCAUUUUAACAGUGAGUGUGUUCUUUGAAGUUCUUUAGGUUUUUGGUUUAGCAUGUUUCAGUGUUUUUUCAUCAUUUGUACUGGUCUGGGCUACACUGUAGGUGGAGAAAAUCUCUUUUUUGUUCAUGUGAAGAAGGGUCUUUACAAUUUUAAGCUUUGCAAGAAGUAAUUGUCACAGUCCUCAUAGGACUGUGAUAGACAUAAGGGAAUUCUCUCACCCUGUUAAAAAAAAUCAUCUUUGUUUUUUUUGUUUUGCAGAGUGUUAUGAAUGGAAUGCAUGUGAUUUAUGUGCCACCAUCCGUUCUAGAUCAUUCACCAAACAUGUGGCUGCAGAUGGUAACAAAACACAGAGGUAAAUGAUUCUCCAACUUGCUGCAAGCUUCAACAAUACCUUAAAUUCUCCAACUACUUUCCUGAUGCUGAAAUUGCUUAUUAAAAAAUGAUUCUUUGAUUGUGAAAGUAAUCAUAACAUUCAAUUAGAAAAAAGUUAAAUACCCUUAAAAGCCAGUUUGAACUCAACGUAAAAACAACCAAACUGCCCAAAAUAUGAGGAAAAUGUUGCAGACCAAGUCAAGAUUGAUUGUAGUUUUGUAUCUGAUUGUUUGAGAAAGUGGUGCAAGUUUUUUGGACCAAUCACAGAGGAAAAUAAAGCAAAACCAAAGCAAAACCAAAGCAAUCCUAAAUACUUUCAACACUCAAUUGAAAAUUGUUAUGAAAUGUUUGAAAGCACAGUGGACCAAUCACAGGGGAAAGUAAAGCAAAACCAAAGCAAGCCCAGAUACUUUCAACACUCAGUUGUUGUGAGAUGAGUACAUUAUCUCUGCCAUUUUUUUUUCCAUUAGCAACAUGUGCUUUGGUCAGUUCAAGGAAUCUCCACUGGUCUCUUCAUGCCAGCAAAGAUAUCAAAGAUGUCAAUCUUGGUACCAUUCGGUUUUUACUUCUGGCAGGUGCAGUGAAUCCAUGUAAGUGAUUUUAGGGAAGCUAACUUAACAUUCAACUCCCAAGUACUGUUCAGUAUUUCUCCCUUCUGGUGGUCAUACAUUCUUUUGUUAAUUAUUAAGGAGAAUUUGGCAUCAUAUCAAGAUUAUCUUCUCCAGCUAAUAAAUUGUCCAUUUGCCUCACUUAUUUUCCUCUUGAGUUUGUUGGAUGAAGUUUAUUGCCAGUUAACCAGGGUUUGCGAAAAACUCUGUAGGCCUGAUAAGUUAAGGAACCUUGGUGACUGAAAAUUUCUUUUCUGAGAUUAUAAUAACACAGAUGCUCAUGUACUGUGAUAGAGUAAUCUUUUCUCCCCAGUAUGACACCAACUUGUUUUAUUGUUAGUCAAAAAUAGAAAUGCCCUGGAAAAGUUGGAAAGAUUAUGAACCUGGUCAGUCAGAGAGUUUGAUAGCAAAUUAUUCAUUUUAAGCUUUGCAGAGGACAAAGUACUUGCCUUACUAUAUGGAUGUAGUCUACAAUACAAAAUAAUUUUAUUUGCCAUUCAUAAAAAAGAUAGUAGUAGAAAUAUUACAAGAUAGUUAUAAAUCAUGGAUGGUUUACAUCACAAGGUUAAUAAUUUUACAAUACUUAUGAAUAACAAUAUUAUAAUAGAUGGCAAGGGGGCCUUGAGAAACCACAGAGUACAUUUCUGACAUCUUUAUUUAUUUUUCUUCCUAGGGUCUUUGUCAGCCUGUGAUUCUUUUGUAAAUGCCUUUGAAGCAAAAGGUUUGAAACCUGAGGCCCUCUGUCCAUGUGCAAGUUCAACAGAAACAAUGACAGUUGCCUUAAGAAGGUAAUUAACUUUCCCACAAAGCAUUAUCUCUACUGCUGUUUUUUCUUUUAUUGUCAUUCUCAAAACCUGACGUUGUAAGUAUUACCUUAAAUUCCACAUUCACUUUAACAUGUUACAUGUUGCGAUUCAAUGUUCAGACCGGGCAAGCCAGGAACUACUGCAACUGGGCGUGGAGUUCUUUCAUUAUCUGGACUGAGUUAUGGUGUGGUAAGAGUUGACAAAGAAGGAUCUCUAACAUCACUGACCCUGCAGGAUUGUGGGACAGUGUUGCCUGGAGGUAAACCUAGAUCCUUUUUGUAUUAUAUCGAGGUAGUUUAGCUCUUUGUUAAACUGAUUUUUGGCAGCAUAAAUAUGUGUAUAGUUGGUGGGUAAAAAGGGAAGUUGGGGGCAAGAAUGUUGGAGACCCCCCCUCCCCCCUCCCUCCUCCUUUGUGACCAGCCAGCCCUAAGAGAGUGAAUCACACGCGAGGCUGACAACCCUAGCCAUUAACUCCCACACAUGAUAGGAACCACUGGCCACCACAAGCAUAUCAUCAGUUGCAAUUUGUUGGUGGCAUGAGUAAACUGUAUUUAACUGUACUUAUUCAUUUUCAACUUACAGCCAAGAUAGCAGUGGUGAAACUUGAAGGACCCCCUUACUUGUGUAAGAGUGAUGAAGUUGGUGAACUGUGCAUAUCAAGUGGAGCCACAGGGAGUGCAUACUGGGGUCUAGCUGGAAAAACAAACCACACAUUUAAGGUAAAAGUGAGUUUAAAUGGCUGCGCAUAAUGACUUCAAUCAUAGAGGACUGAAUUUCCUAAGCAAACCAAGUUAUUCCCAAAAAUCUUGAAGAUUCUCUCACCAUCAUAGCAAUAAAAGCAAAAGUUUCACUGUUUCUUUGUUCUUUUUUGUUUAUUGUAGCAAGAUAGCUAUGAUGAUUAUUAACUCUUUAACUUGUAAGACCUGAUAGGUAAUUCUCCCCUUCAGCUGGUACACAUUUCCAAAUAAAUUAGUUACACGAAUUUGAUGUUAGAUCAAGUUAACAACUUCCACCUGAUAAGUCUGAUUAGUCUCAUUACACAUUUGCCAGAUAAUGUAUGGAUACUUUAGGGAGAAGUUACAUGUUGAUCACUUCUAGGUUUUAUAUAAAGAGACAUUGUGUUUUCUAAUGUAAUGCAUUCUGAUUUUUGCUUUGAUCAACAGGUUCAACCAACUUUAGAUGAUGGUGCACCAUUUGAACAGUAUCCACUUAGUGACUUUGUUAGAACUGGACUGCUUGGAUUUUUAGGACCAGUAAGAAAAUAUUUAUUUUAGUGCUAAUGCUUUGUUUUCUCUAAGUUCACCUCGAGCAAUUGCACAUCUGUCAACUGCAGUUUUUUGAGAGCUGAGCAUGCAAAAUUCUCAUGUGUUCAUGGGUGACUUUCACCUUUUUGGCCUAUGGUAACUGGACGGAAUCUUUCUUAUGAAAUGCCAAUAGAAUGGUGCAUGAGUUGACUGGUGUUGCCAGAAAGUUCUGAUCCAUGAGAGCAAUCUCUUUGAAAAAAAAGUAGUUUGAUUAGUUGGAUUUAACAGACUAUUAUAUGGCAAGUGCGCUAAGAGCCACACAUUUCACCUUCAGUGAUGAAAGGUGCUUUCUCAAAGCAUUUUUAGAUUGAACAUAUGCGACAUUUGACCUUUUUACUGUGAUGGUGUGAACUGAACAUAAUCGGCUGGAGUAAAACUUGACCUUGCAUUCUUUUUCUUGGUUGUUAUUGCCUGGUGUGAUAGAGUGUUAGAGGAAGGUUUGAGUCCUUGCAAUUUCUCUGUAGGGUGGUUUAGUAUUUGUGUGUGGAACAGCUGAUGGUUUGAUUAAAGUCAGUGGAAGACGACACAAUUCUGAUGAUCUCAAGGCAACAAUCCUUGCUGUCGAUCCAGUGAAAUUUGUCUACAGAGGCAGGUGGGUGACAAUUAAUAAAAAUAUUGACAUUUCAAAAUUGCUUACAUGGUUGAAUUUUAGUGUGAAAAAAGUCAGCUCAUAGAUCCUUAUUGAAGACAUCUUUGGAGCUUAUUUUGUUUUCUUCAGCAUGAAGCGCAUGCGUAGUGAUGACAUUGUUAGUACUGGUCGAUUAGAAUAUUUCGAGUCUGAAAUUGUGGUUUUGUUAAAGGGGAGGAGUGGGGUAAUUGAAAAUUACCGAUACAAAGAAUGAAACCUAUUAAAGAUAGUGUCUAACAUUAGAUAUGGGAAAAGAUUAGGCUCUAUUUUUGUAGAUGCACAAACAGUGAUGUACAGUGUCAAAGUAACUUUACAGAAGUUUCAUUAUCCUUUUUGUUACUUUUUUUCGCAGGAUAGCUAUAUUUUCACUGUCAAUUCUAAAGGAUGAUAGAAUUGUGGUAGUGGCUGAACAACGACCACAGUGCACAGAAGAAGAGGUGAGUUCAAACUGUAAUUGUAAUUGAGAAAGCGAAAUAAACCCUUGACUUUAAGGAUUAGUCUUUCCCUGUGUGACCGUACAAUUACAAGACACUGCCACAUCAACUAGUUAGGCGAAUUAAUACAAUCAACACGGGAAUAAAAUUUGUGAGGAACACGAACUUCUCACAACUAACCAACAGAGAAUGACAACAGAGAGAAUUAUUUUUGACAUAGAGCGCUUUUCGAAGGAGUAUCGGAAAAUACAAAUCAAAGCAAUCGCAAAAGCCUAUCAGAAGUAAAAACAUAUUAGGAGAAGCUCAUCAGAACUCAAAGAAAAAGCUAGUUGACUCCCUUAGGCGCAGAAAAUCAUUAGUGAGCGUGAUUGGGUUUUGUUUCCCAUUUGAUUAGUCGAGAGACAAGGCGAAUUUUAUAGAACAAUGACAUAACACGACGAAGUAAUACCAAUGCAAUGUCGGAUUACUUUCAAUUCUCAUUUGAAAAUUGCUCACUUGAGAGUAAAAAAUAUUCUGUACAUUUUCAUAGGUUCCAGUUCAGUUUUGGAGAUUUUUAGCAAUUUUUCUGAUAUUACAAAGUGUGUUCUUAUCCCUUUUUCUAAUGUAUGAUAAGAAUUUUUUUUCUGUUAAUUCUCUUACAGAGCUUUCAAUGGAUGAGUCACGUGUUGCCCUCAGUGGACAGUAUUCACAAUGUAAGUAUCUGCUCGAGAGGGUGUGAAUUUUCCGGAACUUAAUCGAUAAGAAUGUGUUUAAAAUUGUGAGUAGUAUUAGUGAACAGUAUAAGCGGGUAGUAUGGUUCUCAGCCAAUGAGAGAAGGGGAUUGCGUACCACGUGGUACAGAGGAACCAAUCAUGUGGCAAGAUUGGCAUUCAAGAUUGCGUUACAUCAAUUCGCCAUCUUGGAUGUCAAUCUGGCCAUAUGAAUGGGGUAAUUUGUUAUUAUCAACUGAGUUGAUAACGUAAAUUGGCCGCCAUGAAGAGUUUCGAAGCUGACGUUUCGAGCGUUAGUCCCUCGUCAGAGCGAAGUUUCAGUUUCGCUUUGACGAAGUGGUCAAUUUACGUUAUCAACUCAGUUGAUAAUACCAAAUUACACUGUUAUACUCUCCCGCCGACGCAGCACCACGGUUUCUUUAGAAACUUACCCCCUUUGGCCAUAUGAAUGGUUCAUAUUUUACCCCGUGGUACAUAACCCUCUUCUUUGAUAUGGCUAAGUACCAUAGUGCUCCGUGAUACAAUUGGCGUGACUCACAAUACUUUAGGUUGUGUGUCGUGUGUGAAGUACUAAUUCUCUGUGGAAUUGUACUCACAUUGGAGUAUUUUUUUUCUGUUUCAGGUUGGUAUUUAUUGUUUAUGUCUCGUGGCUCCUAAUGGAUUACCUAAGGUGGGUUUUCAUAUCAAUUAAUAGUUUUUUUGAAAUUCGCCUUGUUACGGUAUUGAAUGGUCAAAUUUGUACGACCAAAGGACAAUGUGUGUGUCUGAAAGCAUCUGGAUUGUGCGUCGUGAACUGAAACCCGAAAAAUCACAACGGCCAAAACAUGGACAGUCCCAGAUAACUUUCAACGCCUUAUCAACAAGUUUCUACAAGAAGAUCUAAUGAAGAGUGAAACCUUUGCCCUGAAGUUAUACUCAAGUUGUGUUUGUUUCUUUAGACAAGCUCCGGCGCUGUUCAUAUACACGAGACAAAACAAAAGUUUAUGGAAGGUUCUCUUCACCCAGCGAACAUUUUGAUGUGUCCCGAAACAUGCGUCACAAAUCUACCUCAGCCAAGGCAAAAACACCCUGGUGAGAAUCAGCUUAUGUUGCAUUACGCGUGACAAGCGUUGAGCGUCUGUUUAAAGUUAGGGCUUUUUAUUAAAGAAAAAUCCAGAGAUUGUGUGAUGAACAAAAUUGUAAGCAAUCAUACAGCUGAAAAUACAGCUUUGUGUGGAAAGCAGAACUGUAAGGGCCAUCGUAUGUAAGCAAAAUACAGGUACUACGUUACAAACGAAUAUUCAAGGACUGCCGCGUGAUAGGUGAAAUACAGCUUUGUGUGAAAGGAUGAAUACAACAUGUCAUAUUCUAGGGGUGAACAGCGCUGCAGAUCAUAAGGACUUCACUGUUUAACAUUAUCUUCAGUUGAAGGCUGGGUUGAGCUAAAUUUGUUUCUUUUCCUCAGAGCCUGGUCCUGCUGCCACCAUGGUCGGUAACAUUGUAAUGGGGACAAGAAUCGGAGGGGCCGCUGGCCGAGAGAUCGCAGACAUAGAGGAGGACAGCGAUAUGGCGAGAAAGGUAACGUAACUCACAUAGCGCUUGCAUCUUGAAUGUACAAACACUCUUUUGGGUUCUGUUAGAGCAGCAUUGAAGCAGCUUAAGCUGUGACCUGAAAGUAUUUUCCAUAUGAGGAUUAUUAACGCCUCCUUCAGGUCAAGGUCGUGUGACUUGCCUAAACAACUUGUAAUUUGAAGGGAGACAGAUUACGUCGGAGCCACAAGGAGAUUUUCACGGGAACGGACGAGGGGGAUGUAGCUAACAGAGCUCAGUGGGUUUAAGUGAAGUGAAAACAAUGAAGGGAAACAUGUAAAACUUUUCAGCCAGAGGGAGUUAUCGUCGUUAGUUGAAAAGUUCUUGUAGCUAGUAACAAAGAGAUGUUUUAGGACAUAGAACGGAGAAUGACUCUUUAGAUCAGAGGGAGCGUGAGCUUGGACAUGAGUGAACAAAAUACUCUCUCUACCUGACUAACUUUGCGUAGCGUAGCUGAGUGGAGUGUAUUAUUACAAAUAUGAAAAAUAAGAGAUAAAAGAGGCAAUGUUAGGAGUCCAUUAUGGCACCUGGCAAUGUCAAUUAAAUGGGAGAAUCGGAUUCCAAAAGUUAGCAAACCUAAAUUUUCAACGGAAGACGACAUGAGUAAUGUCGAAACAUGUUUGAAAUGUAAUUUCACGUUUUGUUCCGCAGUAUCAGUUCCUGGCUGAGAUUCUCAAGUGGAGGGCACAAACCAUGCCUGAUCAUGUGUUAUUCACACUAAUGAAUGCAAAGGUGAUUAACUAUGUUUUAGAGCGGUUUUGAUGGAAAGUCAACCAACUCAGCGAAAGCUUGGUGCGAGCUAGCGUAAACAGUGUGGUGAAUCGAUGGGAAUCUAAGUAAACAAUAACCAAGCGCAGGUUUGCACGCGUGAGGAAAAAGCUUGUUAAGGUCACAGAAAAGCGCGGGAAAAGUCGCAUGACCACAGGCGAAACAACGUUUGUGGUUAUUUAUUUGCUUAGGUUUACUUGGUUGAUAAUUUGCGCUAAAACGUCAGUUGUGCUUUGUGUGGUUUUAUUUUAGGGCACUGUAUCAGCGUUAUUAACAACAACUCAGCUUCAUAAACGAGCCGAACGCGUCGCUCAGAUGGCCGUGGAACAAGGUCGUCUUAGUUCUGGUGACAACGUAGCUCUUCUUUUCACCCCUGGUAUGUUUUUACGCUCUUUUCUUGUUUAGAAUCUCACAGCUUACAUUUCAUCAAAAACCUCUGUUUUGCGUCAUCUCGUUGGGAACGAUUUCCACUUGUCACAAACGACUACAUUAUGGGGUUUGUUGUAUAUGCUGAUUACAAAUAGAUUAAUGAUGUGUUGGCUCAGCCUACCGCACGUGAAGCACACAGGAUAGCAAACAGUUACCUGAGACAAACUUAAUGAAAAAUGCUAUCAUGACGGAGCUCGUAACGCUCGCAGCUGAGCCCCUUACCAAUCAAAAAUGGUAUAUAAAUAAUAACAACCCAACCCAAGAAAAUUUGGUUUAUAACGAGAUCAUUCCAUCGACCGUCCGCAUGUGCGAACAGUUGAAAUGCGGGCACAAAUCUAGGCGGUAUACUGUAUUCUCAGUGGAGCCCUGGUAACAUGACACAUUUCUGUUGAUAGGAAAUGGUUAAUGUGGUUUCGUAACCUUUUUGCUGACUGCUGUGUCUUCUCUUCUUUCUAGGUGUGGACUUCAUAGUUGCAGUCUUUGCUUGCCUCUAUGCUGGUAUGAUGUGAUAGUCUUUGGUUGACACUUGAGUUAGAAUUAAGGAACGCGAAACUAUCAUGGGAUGUGUUGAAAGAAGAAACUAUUUAUAAGUUUUCUUGGGUGUGACUUUCCAAAUAACAACUGCUCAAGGGAUAACAGUUUCGGAGUCGUUUUCAAUUGAGUUUCGGGUGUAAUCCAAGAUUGCAAUGGUUUUUCUGUUGUCUCAACCAAUCAAACGAAAAACCAUAGGCCACUUGGUCACCUUUGUUUCCGUGCUUGAAUUUUCAUCGGCCUCUUGCAGUAUUUCAUAUGUUAAGAAUUACUUUGGUUUUGUUUUGGUUUUUUAUGGAACUCGUUCCAGAAUAUUUUGUUAUGAUGUGGCCCGGUGGGUUUUGUUAAUUCCUCCCUCUUUCAUCUCUUAGGUCUCAUUCCAGUUCCCGUCCGUCCCCCUCACGCAAACAACAUCUCCUCUACCCUCCCCACCGUCAAAAUGGUCAUUGACGUCAGCAAAUCACGUGCAGUGCUAACAACUCACAACAUAGCUAAGGCGUUGAGGUCCAAAGAAGCUGUUGGCGUAGUAGACAUAAAAUCAUGGCCCACUGUGGUGGAAGUCGAUGAUGCCCCUAAGAAGAAGCUGACCAAUCCGUACAGAGCUCCUACACCGGAAAUGAUCGCUUAUCUCGAUUUUAGCGUCUCUACUACCGGAAUGCUGUCUGGAGUGAAGGUUAGAGUAGAUGGACGCUUAGCAUGUUCUGGUCUUACUUCAGGCCUUGAGGUGUUGUGCAGGGAGGGGAGGGAGGGGGUCCGUCCUUCCAUGUUGGUAGAGUAAUAUAGAAAUUUGAAAAUAACCCCUCUAUGAUUACCCUCAGCCUGUUUAACUUUCAGAAGCGAUGAACAUGUAACUUUAACAACGUUAGUGCAUUAUCAAGCAAACUUGUACUGAGAAAAGAUAAAUUUAUCAAUAGGAGAUAUUUUGUUGAUACAACACUAAAUUCUCUAAGCUGGUUUGAACAGAAAUGAAUAACAGCUAGAAAGGGGAAUUUAUUUAAAUCUCAGUAGUUUAAGGGGUAGAAAAAAACUUUUGUUCAUAGUUAUAGUAAUUCCUUCAAUUUUUAUCAACCCAUCCUUGUUCUUAUUUUGGGUUCUUACCACCUCAGGUGUUUGUUUCCUCUUAACGAAAUGUUAUUUUAGGUUUCCUCCAAUUUUUUGGAACGUCUUUGGUUACCAAAUGGUCACGCAAUAGUAGUGUACACUUUACAUUACAAAUAAAAUUGGAACUUUCGUGUGUUACGCAAGGUUACCAAUUUUCUUUAUUCUUUUCUUCACAGAUGUCACACGCAGCAGUGACUGCAUUGUGUCGCUCUAUGAAGUUAGCGUGUGAGCUGUAUCCUUCUCGUGACAUCGCGGUUUGUCUCGACCCUUACUGUGGUUUAGGAUUUCUACUCUGGUGUUUAACUGGGUAAAUAAUUACCAAAAUACUGAGAAUUUUCUAUUAUUCCUGUGGAAAUACGGCAAAUGUAGAUUUGACUUAUUGUUUAUCCAUCCUUUGCUGUUUUCUUUUCAGUUCAUUUAGUGACAAUUCUUUCAAUUCAAUUUGUAGUGUCUAUUCUGGACAUCACACAAUCCUCAUACCUCCAGGAGACCUGGAGACGAAUCCCGCUCUUUGGUUAUCUGUAGUUAGUCAGUAUAAAGGUGAGUUCUGUUCCCUGUUAUGAAUGAUUCUCCUUCCAAACCCAACGAAAAAAGUUUUGCUGACUGUGUUUUUGUUUUCCUUCCCAGUCCGCGACACGUUCUGUUCUUACCCUGUUAUGGAUUUGUGUACCAAGGGACUGGGGCAGUCAAUACCGGCGCUCAAGGUAUUGUGGAUAUUUUGUUUGAAAGAAGACAUGUUUCGAGGAAAGGUAUCAGAUUAAUUUUUCGCCAGUGUGGAAGCUGAAGAAUACGAAGAAACCGUGAUUAUCCGCCUACAGAUUUAAUGUUGUAUCACAAGGCUACAAAAGCUUGUGAGAAAAUAACUUUAACGCCCUGCAUUCCGCUUUGGUCAGCGUUAUUGAAGUUAACGUCCAUGUUUGAUUUAAGGGUGAUACUGUAAGGAGAGAUUAGAUGCUCGUCACUCCUAAAUGUCAAAAAGGGUUAAUGUUAUGUUAUGCCUAUUUGUUCUCACAGUCGAAGGGUGUCAAUUUAACCUGUGUACGUAACUGUGUAGUGGUAGCUGAGGAACGCCCCAGAAUAAACCUUACCACAGCAUUUUCUACUCUGUUUUCUGGUCUGGGUCUUUCUGCUCGAGCAGUAAGCACUUCAUUUGGAUGCAGAACUAAUGUUGCCAUUUGCACGCAGGUGAGAAUUCUCUAAUUUGUCCAUUAUAAGCAAUGAAAGGUGUAAGAGCGGGCACGCGCCUUGUUGACUCGCACUCAUGUUGGUUAAGGUACUUGCGUAUGCAACACGCACGCAUGUUCUAUCUCACUCGCUUUGUGCACGUUUUGUUUCAGGGUGCAUCCACGCCCGAGGCAUCCAGCGUGUAUGUGGACACGAGAGCCCUAAGAAAUGACAGGUGAGAUAUGAAAACAAUAAUACUGUCACUCUGUUUAGACGUCUGAUUGUGUUAUGUCAUCAAAUUCUGAUUCCUAGAAAGACUCAUGAGGAAUCUGUUGAUUGUCGUAACACGAUAUCCAAUUGAGCCUCAGAAGUCACCCGGCAUUGUGUUGGUUUUGUUCCAUUUCGUUCUGUGAUUCGUUUUAAGAGCAGAUCCUCUCUCCUAAACAAUCAAAUGAAAAAAGCUUUAACUAAACGCGACAUAUUCACCCACAUUUUUUACACGCGUAAAAACCGUUCACACGUAUUCACAUUAAUUUUUUUCUUCUUGCGAGUCAGACAGCGAGCAGUCCUGAUUUCUCGGCUUAGUCAUUUGCACAAAUUAGCGAAAAUAGCGCUCGAGCUCUGGAAGCGAGAAGCGUGCGCACCGUGCCCUCGGUGUUUGCGGUGCACGAUUUAUUUUCGCUGACUCGCGCCACGGACUGAGUAAGACACAGCGAUAGCGCUUAGUGUAGUUAUGAUUGGCAGUUGUGAGUGCUUUAGCUUUGAUAGCGCAUUGGUUGAUCUCAUUCGGAUAUAAUGAGCUCGUAGUCCCCAGAUUAGUUCACAGAUUAGCGCAUAUUUCUUCAGGUCAUACGAUAAGCAUCUCUUUUCAUGAGAACUUUGGCAAUGUAACCGUAUUUUCACGUGCCUUGUCUUAUUUUUGUAGAGUCACUCUUGUAGAACGAGGAAGUCCUCACAGUUUAUGCUUAUUGGAAUCUGGAAAGGUGAGUCUUGGCAAGAUAUUAUAAACGAAUGCUCGUAGUCUUGACACUUGUUAUUUUCUUACAAUAAUUUUGUUUUGGUUUUGGUUUUGGUGUUCAGAUUUUGCCUGGUGUGAAAGUAGUGAUCGCCAAUCCAGAGACUAAGGGCAUGUGCGCCGAUUCGCAUCUCGGAGAGGUAUGUUAUUCACGAAUUAUGUCAGUAAUUCCCACUAAUCAGCACUAAUUACAAGUCAUUUGUUAUAAUGUUGUAGAUCUGGGUCACUAGCCCGCAUAAUGGCAGCGGUUACUUCAUGACAGGAGAGGAUACGCUAACAGAUGACCGCUUCAACGUUAAGUUGACAACAGGAAGCACGACGGAGACUGCAGUCCCGUACGCGCGAACGGGAUACCUGGGAUUUAUCAAGAGAACAGAUUUCACGCAGACAGAUGGAGGUGGGAUGAUACAAUGCAUGUAUGAUUAAGCUUUAGGAACUUUAAGAUAAACUUUGCACUUUCAAACAAAAAGCUCUCAAAGUGGUUCUACAAAGCAGUUUUCCUUGUUGUGCAAUUUGCUGCAGUCUGAAAUUAGACUACGAGCAGUCUCUCCUUAUCAGCAAAGUCCGUCGCGCUAGUCAAAAAAGAUUCCAUUUUAGCGCACCACAUGGAGUUCAAGGAGAGAGGCGCCUACUUUUCAUGCGCUUUACAUCCACGGUUCUGCGUGGCGUGCUGACAUCUAUUUUUUUUUCACUGACUGUUAUUGACUCGCACGAUGGACUUCACCGAAAAGCAGGGACUGCUCGUAGUCCAGUCUGAUAUGCUUGACGUACUUAAAAUUGGAAUGUUUCAACUAGUCGUUGCAGCAAUUUUCAUAUUCAAUGCUAUAAAAUGCCCUAAACAUUAUUGAACGCGGCUAGCUUCUACUUAAAUAAUUUUUUUAACGGUUACCAUCCUUUCACUCUUAACAUCUGAGUAGUUUUAUUCCCAUGUAGAUGUUACACAUUUCUUUGUUAGUUAUUGAUCCCGUUGCGCAUGUGCAGUUGGUUUGAGUUUGGCCAGUCGCGCGCCAAUUUUCCUGUUCAAAUUUCAUAGGAGAACCAAAGGAACGACCGCGCAAUAUGCAAACAAUUGAAACGUUCGAACACGAAGUUCAGUUAAUUUAGCUGUGGUUAUCCUGUUGACUUGACAAUCUGUUUUGAGCUUUAUCGCAAAAAAAGUAAACGGUUUAAAACGGCGUCACUUAAUGACUUCGGCGGGAUAUUACUUGCGCAGACGCUAAACAGCUAAGUUGAAAUGUAACCGCUUUUUUGUAAUUUCUGUCGCUUAAAUGUUUUUGUUGCUUUUAUUUUUCAACAGCCCGGCAUGACGCGUUAUUUGUGGUUGGCCCUCUUGAAGAAACCAUGAUAUUGCGUGGUAUGAGGUAUCACCCGGUAGAUAUCGAGAACACAGUGACGAGAUGUCAUCGCUCAAUCUGUGAAAGGUUAGUGUGAUAUCCUCGCACUUGAGUGUCUUGUCUCCUGUUGCAUUUAUCCAUCGCUUCGUUGCAGAUAAAAUGGAAAAAGUCACCUUAGUUGCGGGCCGUUGGGUAUAAAAUAAUGACUUUUUGGCCAUCACAUUUUUUCUUUUAUUUCGUUUAUUUAUUUUUCUUUUACCCUCCCCUCCCUAGUGCGGUCUUCACGAUGACAAACCUACUUGUGGUAGCAGUGGAGCUUGAUGCAGAUGAACGCGAGGCACUUGACGUGGUUCCGCUGGUGACGACAUCCGUACUGAAUGAACAGCAACUUGUCGUAGGGGUGGUGGUAGUGGUUGACCCUGGUGUAGUCCCGAUCAAUUCUCGCGGAGAGAAACAACGGAUGCAUCUGAGGGACGGGUUCCUGGGGGACCAGUUGGAUCCUAUCUACGUGGCGUAUAAUAUGUAGACACCUCACUGCUUAGUUUCGUAAUUGAAUUGUGUCGUAGUUUUUUUAAAUGACAAUUAAUAGACAAGUUUGAAAUAGACUGUAGCGCUAGGUUUAGGUAUAAACUAGCGUUUGGUAAGGCAAUUUAGACAGGAACUACUGUCACGCGUGACGCGAGACCGUCACCUUACACGCAAACCUGUCGCGUGAGAUUUUUUUACAAGGACGAUUUCCAUUGUAGUGAAUCAGGUAGAGGCUGUCAAUGUGGAUUUAAUAGCCUAUGUGUUGUCAUACCCUCCUCCCUUCUCCCCUUAAGGAGAAACGGAACCCUUCCAUUUCUUCUUGGGAGGGAGGGUAGGGCUACACGCAGGCUAGGAUGUAAAUGCUUUAUUAUGAGAGAAUUCUCGAAUAUAGUUUGCGUUCGACAAAACCGCGUUGUUCAUCGAAUAAUUUAUGAUAAUUUUUUGAACUGGUUGGUUCGCGUUAAGCAAAAUUAUUUUCAUGUCACACAGUAGAAAGCAUCAUUAUAGUAAUAGAAUUUUUCACAGUGCGGGGAAACUGUGUUUUUUUUUCACCAGGUAUUCUUAGUGGAUGGUGAACUGCGAUUCUUUUUCCAUGAUGUUGUAAUGUGGUAGAUUGCAUAGUAAUUUAAAAUAGUUCGCGUAAAUAAUACGUCGAAGAAAGUUUAAAUUAAUCUCUGCAGAACAUGAAGGUGUUCAUAUCUCUUCGGCUUAUGAACAAUUAUCUCCACAGUCCUAUUUAUAACAAACAUUCAUAACUAACUGAUUAAUACUGAUCGACUAAACCGAUCAAAAAAUUCGAUACUCGCGCAACAGUAGGGCUCGAGUUUGAUUGAGUUCUCUUAGAGUAAUUUUCAAUUGAGUGUCGAAAGUACUCCGGGGUUGCAUUGGGUUUUAUUUCACUUUGCUUUGCAAUUGAUCUAGAAAACUCGUGCCACUUUCAUAACCAAUUAGAUGAGAAACGAACACUAAACACGAUUUGGUCGCCGCGUUUUCCCGCCAUUUCGAUGGUUAGCUUGUUCUCAUUGGCUCUUCAGUGUAACUUUCUUUCUUCUGAUUGGCCGUUGUAAUUACGUUGGUUUUACGACACUUAAUCGAAAAGCUCUUUAUCAGUCAGUUGGUAUUCUUCAUUAUUGAUCUUUGUUGACUGAUACCUGUAGGUUAUCUACGGGAGAGGAUGUUUCAUCUAAUUGAAAAAUAAACAAACUAGGAAAACAUAUUUGUCUUUUUUCCAAACUGAUAGAAUUAGGAAAAAAAAUCAUCGAUUACUGGGGCAACGAAAUCAUUUCUUCUUUGACCGACCUAGCAGGCGAAUAAUUGAUUUUCUAUUUUGUAAAUUGUUACGUAGUAUUUUAUAUUGUUUUGAGACGAAUUCUGCAAGCAAUGUUUGGUCUUAUAUUAGGACUUUAGAUAGUUGAGUCCUGUGUCGACAGACGUACGACUGUCCCAAGUGAGAUAGUGUGUUAAAAUUUCAUGUUUCUUGUACGGUUUGACAGAACUGCAGAACAAAUUUGUGAGGUAUUAUGUAAAGAAGCAUGUCAGUGGUUGCUUAUAUUUUUAUGUGUAAAUAAUAAAGACAAGUCUAGACGACAUUUUGGUG